UUGUUAUACGUCUGGAGUUUUUACUGUUGUUGUAUAUUCUUAUGUUUAUGUUUAGUGCAGCUGUAAGGAGAUUAAUACAAAGAUGAGUACAUCCAGUGCGAGCGGAGACCCCGUGAUCUUGGCGACUGCCGGCUAUGAUCACACGAUUCGGUUUUGGCAAGCCCGCAGUGGUAUCUGUCAUAGGACCGUACAGCAUCCAGACUCCCAAGUCAAUGCUUUGGACAUCACUCCAGACAAACAGUUGAUUGCAGCAGCAGGUUAUCAGCGCAUUCGUAUGUAUGAUCUGAACUCAAACAAUCCUAAUGCUGUGAUCAACUAUGAUGGCGUGUCUAAAAACGUGACAGCAGUUGGAUUCCAUCAGGAGGGCAAGUGGAUGUACACAGGAGGGGAAGACAACUCCGCCAGGAUAUGGGACCUCAGGUCCAGAAACUUACAGUGUCAGAGAAUUUUCCAGGUUAAUGCUCCGGUGAACUGUGUCUGCCUUCAUCCUAACCAGGGAGAGCUGUUUGUGGGGGACCAGAGCGGAGCCAUUCACAUCUGGGAUCUAAAGACGGACCACAAUGAGCAGUUGAUCCCGGAAUCUGAUGCUGCUAUCCAGUCUAUAUCCAUUGACCCCAUGGGGACUCUGAUGGCUGCUGUUAAUAAUAAGGGAAACUGCUACAUUUGGAGUUUGACAGGAGGAAGGGGAGGUGACUCUACCCAGUUGAUUCCGAAAUCCACCUUCUCUGCACACAAGCGUUAUGCUUUAAAAUGUCUUUUUAGUCCAGACUCCACGCUCCUAGCCACCACGUCGGCUGACAGGACGUGUAAAAUCUGGAGGACUGCCGACUUGUCACUGAUGACAGAGCUGAAGGAGAACACGCAGCGCUGGGUGUGGGACUGUGCAUUCAGUGGGGACUCCCAGUACAUUAUAACAGCCUCUUUUGACAACAUGGCUCGGCUGUGGAGUGUGGAUAAGGGUGAGGUGAAGCGAGAGUACAGCGGUCACCAGAAGGCAGUGGUGUGUUUGGCCUUUCGGGAUGAACUGGUGUCUUGACCACCGGACAUGCUGUAAUGGAAACAAUAGUAUAGCGGUCACCAGAAGACAGUGUUGUGUCUGGCCUUUACGGAUGAACUGGUGUCUUGACCACCGGACAUGCUGUAAUGGACACAAAAGUAGAGCGGUCACCAGAAGGCAGUGGAGUGUUUGGCCUUUCGGAAUGAACUGGUGUCUUGACCACCAGACAUGCUGUAAUGGACACAAGAGUAGAGCUGUCACCAGAAGACAGUGUUGUGUCUGGCCUUUACGGAUGAACUGGUGUCUUGACCACCGGACAUGCUGUAAUAGAAGCAAAAUACACCAGUCCCGAGUGUCAGGACAGUAUUAGAUACUGAGCAGGUGUGUGUAACUACAUGUAACAAUACAGGUGACAGUGUGUGUGUACAUGUAGCUACAUAUAACAAUGAAGGUGACAAUUUGUGUGUAGCUGCAUGUAACAAUACAGGUGACAGUUUGUGUGUAGCUACAUGUGACAAUUUGUGUGUAGCUACAUAUAACAAUGAAGGUGGCAAUGUGAAGGCGUGACGAUCAGGUGUGUGUGGCUACAUGUAACAAUACAGUUCGCAAUAUGAAGGUGUGAAGAUCAGGUGUGUGUGGCUACAUGUAACAAUACUUAUGGUGAUGUGAAGAGCAGGUGUGUGUGUCUGUCUGUAACAAUACAGGAAACAGUGUGUGUGUACAUGUAGCUACAUGUAACAAUGAAGGUGGCAAUGUGAAGGCGUGAAGAGCAGGUGUGUGUGGCUACAUGUAACAGUACAGGUGGUGAUGUGAAGAGCAGGUGUGUGUGGCUACAUGCAAGAAUACAGAUGGUGAUGUGAUGGGCAGUGGUGUGUGGCUACCUGUAAAAGUACAGGCGGUGAUGUGAAGAGCAGGUUUUUGUGGCUACAUGUAACAAUACAGAUGGUGAUGUGAUGGGCAGAGGUGUGUGGCUACCUGUAACAAUACAGGUGACAGUGUGUAGCUACAUGUAACAAUGUAGGUGGCGAUGUGAAGGUGUGAAGAUCAGGUAUGUGUCACUACAUGUAACAACACAGGUGGCAAUGGGAAGGCGUGAAGAGCAGGUGUGUUUGCUGCAUGUAACAAUACAGGUGGGGAUGUGAUGGGCAGAGGUGUGUGGCUACCUGUAACAGUACAGGUGACAGUGUGUGUGUACAUGUAGCUAUAUGUAACAAUGAAGGUGGCAAUGUGAAGGCGUGAAGAGCAGGUGUGUGUGGCUACAUGCAAGAAUACAGAUGGUGAUGUGAUGGGCAGUGGUGUGUGGCUACCUGUAAAAGUACAUGUGGUGAUGUGAAGAGCAGGUUUUUGUGGCUACAUGUAACAAUACAGAUGGUGAUGUGAUGGGCAGAGGUGUGUGGCUACCUGUAACAAUACAGGUGACAGUGUGUAGCUACAUGUAACAAUGUAGGUGGCGAUGUGAAAGUGUGAAGAUCAGGUAUGUGUCACUACAUGUAACAACACAGGUGGCAAUGGGAAGGCGUGAAGAGCAGGUGUGUUUGCUGCAUGUAACAAUACAGGUGGGGAUGUGAUGGGCAGAGGUGUGUGGCUACCUGUAACAGUACAGGUGACAGUGUGUGUGUACAUGUAGCUAUAUGUAACAAUGAAGGUGGCAAUGUGAAGACGUGAAGAGCAGGUGUGUGUGGCUACAUGUAACAAUACAGAUGGUAAUGUGAAGGCGUGAAGAGCAGGUGUGUUUGGCUGCAUGUAACAAUACAGGUGGUGAUGUGAUGAGCAGGUGUGUGGCUACCUGUAACAGUGCAGGUGACAGUGCUUGUGUACAUUUAGCUACAUGUAACAAUGAAGGUGGUGAUGUGAAGGCGUGAAGAUCAGGUGUGUGUGGCUGCAUGUAACAAUACAGGUGUUGAUGUGAUGAGCAGGUGUGUGUGAUGAAGGUGUGUGUGGCUACAUGUAACAAUACAGGUGGUGACCUGAUGAGCAGGUGUGUUUGGCUCCAUCAUGUCCACUUUAGCUGGUGGUAUGAUUGUAUAGAACACACACUAAGGGCACAUGAUCUGUACACUCUUCUCUCACCAAAGUAGAGGGAUGUCGGAUGGUAUGGUACUCUAUGUUUUGGGGACAGGAGCAGAUUAAAAGGGUUACUCUCUUGUGCUGGCGGAGUGGAGUGUUGCGAAAGUCAUGGAAAAGCUGACACAGAAAUGAUCCCUGAUAUAGAUUGACAGAGCGCACACUUUGCUGCUGUGUGCCCUGCUGAGUUAAUGCUGUUCAUUGGCACGUCUCUGUAAUGAUGUAAAGCUCCUGAAUGAAUUAGUCAGACAAUGAAAUGCUUCACACUACAUUGUUUCUGUCAUGUUAACUUUGGUACAUGAUUGUCAUGUACAAUGAUGGUUUAAUUUUAGAACAUCCCUGGCAGUGUCUCGGAAAUCCUGUGUCAUUAUUAUUUAAUUACAGGAAGCACAUAAUUACAUAUGUAUAUACAUUCUAGAUGUGUGUAUGUUUGUAUAUAUUCACUAGAAUGAGGUUCAGUCCCAGUCCCAGUCUUAGACUGGGAAUUUGCACCUGGUGGUGGGAGGGGGAGAUGGAUGUGGCUUGUAUGGCCAUCUG